AUGGCCGACGAUAUUGUAUCACCAGAUGCUGCUCCGCGUGCGCGCAAACUGUUGGAUCCAAGCGAGCUGGGAACCAAAGAGUACUGGGAAGCAGCCUAUGUCCGAGAAAUUGAAAAUCACGAGGGAGACGCCGAUGAUGAAGGCAUCGUUUGGUUCGACGAAAGCAAUGCAGAGGACACCGUUUUGAAGAAACUCAGCACGUAUGACAGCCAAGGCCGCGGUCAUCUUGAUCGAAAACACUGCAGGUUCUUGGACCUUGGCACUGGCAAUGGUCACAUGCUAUUUGCGCUACGCGAUGACGAGGACGAUGAUGGUGCCAGAUGGACUGGAGAGAUGGUCGGUGUCGAUUACAGUCCAGCCAGCGUUCAGCUGGCACGUCAAGUAAACAUUCAACGGCUCCAGGCUCUAGACGAAGAACGAGGAGAGGAAGACUCUGGUGAGCUUGCUCGGAUUGUGUUUGAGCAAUGGGAUCUACUCUGCGAACCACCAGGGACCUGGUUGGGAGAAGGAUUCGAUGUUGUUCUCGACAAAGGCACGUUUGACGCCAUCUCUUUGAUGCCACAUUCCGGGCAGUCACCACAUCCAUGUGAGAUAUAUCGGGAAAAGGUGACCGCAUUGAUCAAGCCAGGCUCAUUCCUCUUCAUUACAUCAUGUAACUGGACAAAAGAGGAGUUGCUCGACUGGCUAGCAUGCGAGGGAAGCCAACUCACGUUCUACGAUGAGGCAAAGUAUCCCACUUUUACCUUUGGCGGACAGACCGGACAGAGCGUGGUGACUGCCAUCUUCCGCCGAGAGGGAUGA